UGGUACUUGGCCACAUACGCAGGCGCAUGAGCAUUGCUAUUGUUGAAAACUUCAAGCGAGUUGAUGUUAUCACGAAUCAUUGAUCUUCUUCUACAGCCAUCGCCGGAGCCUGCCAACGCACGAGGCGGUGUUGAAGGCAUCGGUGACUAGUCGGUCGACGUUCUUGUGGUGUGGAGAGAGAGAGAGAGAGAGAGAGAGAGAGAGUUGGCUCGGCGGGUGGAAGGAGGGUAUUCUGGGCCAGCGCAGGGUUUGCAACAGGGUUGUAAAUUUUUUCUGGUCUUAGAUUUUGACGGCAAAAUGCAGGCCAGCGACCGUUUCAACAUCAACAGUCAGCUUGAGCACCUUCAAGCCAGGUAUGUGGGAACGGGGCAUGCUGAUCUGAACAGAUUCGAAUGGGCAGUCAAUAUUCAGCGGGACAGUUAUGCAUCGUAUAUCGGGCACGGCCCAUUGCUCGCGUACUUCGCCAUCGCCGAGAACGAGUCUAUCGGGCGAGAAAUGUACAACUUCAUGCAGAAGAUGCUCCUACCUUGCGGUCUACCCCCUGACAAGGAAGAAGAUUAGCAAUGCGAUACCAUGUGCGUCCACACGGCCUCCUCAAUCUUUGUGAUUCACGUGCGGAUUGAUCUGAUGUCGAAUCGGAUGUCGUUGGAUAAGUUGUCGGAUCUUGAUUGGACUGAACAUUGCCUUGCCAUGCCAUGCCACGCGACGCCAUCUUCUUGCUUCUUUUCUCUGGCCGUCGCUCAAUGAGAGCCGAUCAUCAUUGAGAACCUUCAUUGAACCUUUGUCGAAGUAUCUUUUCAAUGCCCGAUGUCUGCAUCCCUCUUCUUUUUGCCUCUCCGAUGUAGUCCAAGGGCAUACUCAGACUAGGACUUUCUCGAGCGAAGCUGGUCGCAAAUGUGGUCAGAUGCAUCCAGGAAAGUUGUAGUCUGAGUAUAUGCCCCAAGUUACCAGGCCGCCACAUCCUUGUAUUCACGCCUUGUUCAUUGUAUCUCGCAUCCUGUAUCUCUUUCCGCUCCUUCGUGUUGCGUUGUGUGGCGUGGGCCCUGCCCUGCUGGCACGGUACCCCCUUCCUGGCGCCCUUCCCCCGCUGCGACCACCCAUGCUGUUUCCUUUUCUUUGUUUUCCCCCCUCCUGGUUCCCUCCUCGUCCUCUAUGCUCAUUAGGUCAUCUUGGGUCUUCCUACCAUGUUGCGACCUCCCUUCUCUGGUCUCUCUGGCUCUUGCCUACUUUUGUCUGUCAUUCCCCGCCAAUUCUCGAUGCUCAAGCGUUUUUAAAAUCUUUCGCCAACAACGUGCUGUAUUCUUGUGUGUGUGUGUGUGUGUGUGUGUGUGUGAGAGAGAGAGAGAGAGAGAGAGAGAGAGAGAGAGG